AUUCAAGGCGGGGACUGGGGGUCCCUCAUCUGCACCAACAUGGCCCAGAUGGUUCCCAACCACGUGAAAGGCCUACACUUGAAUAUAGCUUUCAUGACAAAAAAUAUCUACACCCUGACCCCACUCCUGGGCCAGCGCUUCGGGAGAUUCCUUGGCUACACUGAGCGGGAUAUCGAGCUGCUGUACCCCUUCAAGGAGAAGGUUUUCAACAGCAUCGUGAGGGAGAGUGGCUACCUACACAUCCAGGCCACCAAGCCGGACACUGUGGGUAAGCAAGGGCCUCAGAACAGAGGCUGCAUUCUCGACCUAGUACAAAACCUGAUCCCCAAGGCGUUUGAGGGAAGUCAGAUAGGCAAGGACCCUGGCACUGAGCCUGGGCAUCCUGUGUGCUUUCCCAGGAAGUUCUCCCUGGAAGAUCUGCUGACCAACAUCAUGAUCUACUGGACAACAGGAACCAUUGUCUCCUCCCAGCGCUUCUACAAGGAGAACAUGGGCCAGGGCAUCAUGGUCCAUAGACAUGAAGGGAUGAAGGUCUUGGUGCCCACUGGCUAUGCUGCCUUUCCUUGUGAGCUACUGCAUGUUCCAGAAAAGUGGGUGAAGGUCAAGUACCCCAAGCUCAUCUCC